AUGGCGGCGGCGUUGCUAGUGGAGCUGUCAAGUCAAAGCCGAGCAUCUUCAGUAUGGGCCAACAGCAGACGUCCCAACAGCCAACAGAUCCUAGAAACAGUAAAAUAUUUACAGAUCCCAGAGAGACCGUGCUGGCACGGAAAUGCAGGUGCAGGACUCAGUGCAGACCCCAAAAAUGUGAUGAAGGAAGUGAACUCGUCGAAGAUCCUUGCAGCCAUGCUGAUGUAUGUUUGGCCCAAGGACAGACCAGACCUGCGCGCUCGAGUGGUCUUAUCACUGGGUCUCCUCGCUGGAGCCAAGAUAACCAACGUGAUGGUGCCCUUCAUGUUUAAAUAUGCGGUGGACGACCUGAACCAGAUGUCGGGACACAUGCUGAACCUGAGCGACGCGCCGAGCACGGUGGCCACCAUGGCAACGGCCGUUCUGAUUGGCUACGGUGUUUCCCGCGCUGGAGCCGCUCUCUUCAAUGAGCUGAGGAACGCAGUGUUCGGGAAAGUGGCUCAGAGCUCCAUCAGGAGGAUCGCCAAGAACGUCUUUCUCCAUCUUCACAACCUGGACCUGGGCUUCCACCUGAGCAGGCAGACAGGAGCGCUGUCCAAAACCAUCGACCGUGGCACUCGAGGAAUCAGCUUCGUCCUCAGUGCUCUGGUCUUUAACCUGGGGCCUACGGUCUUUGAAAUGAUGCUAGUCAGCGGCAUUUUGUAUUAUAAAUGUGGCGGUCAGUUUGCUCUUGCCGCUCUGGGGACGCUCUCGGCGUACACUGCUUUCACCAUCGCUGUUACACAGUGGAGGACGCGCUUCAGGAUCGAGAUGAAUAAGGCUGAUAAUGAGGCUGGAAACGCUGCUAUCGAUUCUCUCCUCAAUUAUGAAACCGUUAAGUACUUCAACAAUGAGACGUAUGAGGCCGAGCGUUACGAUAGUUUCCUGAAGGUGUAUGAGUCGUCCUCUCUGAAGACCACCUCGACUCUGGCCAUGCUCAACUUCGGUCAGAGCGCCAUCUUCAGCGUGGGCCUCACCGCCAUCAUGGUGCUGGCAAGCAAAGGCAUAAUGGCAGGCACUCUGACUGUGGGUGAUCUGGUGAUGGUGAACGGACUGCUCUUCCAGCUCUCUAUGCCGCUCAACUUCCUGGGCACCGUGUACAGAGAGACCCGACAGGCCCUCAUAGACAUGAACACGCUCUUCACUCUGCUCAGCGUCGACCCUAAAAUAAAGGAGAAAGAAAUGGCCCCGCCGCUGCUCGUUCCACCCCAGGAAGCCACCAUCAGGUUCGAGGAUGUGUAUUUUGAGUACUUAGAGGGCCAAAAGGUGCUUAACGGGGUUUCAUUUGAAGUGCCUGCUGGGAAAAAGGUGGCCAUUGUUGGUGGCAGUGGAUCUGGGAAGAGCACGAUCGUCCGAUUGCUCUAUCGUUUCUACGAGCCCCAGCAGGGCAACAUCUUCAUCUCGGGCCAGAACAUACGUGACGUUAGUCUGGAGAGUUUGAGGAAAGCUGUGGGCGUCGUGCCGCAGGACGCUGUGCUUUUCCACAAUACCAUAUUUUACAACCUGCUCUAUGGGAACAUCAACGCCACCGCAGAGGACGUGUACCAUGUGGCCAGACUAGCUGGGAUCCACGACGCCAUCCUCCGGAUGCCUCAUGGGUACGACACGCAGGUCGGAGAGCGAGGCCUGAAGCUCUCAGGUGGAGAAAAGCAGCGUGUGGCCAUCGCACGGGCCAUCCUUAAAAACCCUCCCAUUUUGCUGUAUGACGAGGCCACAUCUUCACUAGACUCGAUCACUGAAGAGAAUAUUCUGACUUCCGUGAAGGCGAUGGUGAGGGACAGGACAUCUGUCUUUAUUGCACACCGGCUGUCCACCAUUGUGGAUGCAGAUGAGAUUAUUGUACUAAAUCAGGGGAAGGUGGUGGAGCGCGGCAGCCAUCGGGCUCUGCUGGAGAUGCCGGGCAGUCUGUACGCAGACCUGUGGAACACACAGAACAGCAGAAACACCAGCAGCAGCGGCAGCGGCGGGCCCGAGCCCAUCCCCGAGCGCCUCUCCCAGAAAGAACAGGAGCGCAAGAAGUUGCAGGAGGAGAUCCUGAACAGUGUGAAGGGCUGUGGGAACUGCUCCUGCUAAAUCUGACCCUUCACCUGAGCGUCUGGACCACAGCCAGGGCCUUUAUUGUCACGUGCUAUCAAGAUGAUCUGUAGCACUCUCUUUUAUGUCAACUGGAACUCUUGUAAGUUGUUUUUAUUAUUGGUGUGUACAUAUUAUAUAUGAGAUGCGCUGAGAAGUGCGUUGUAUAGAGUGCACAUAUCACCGAAUAGAUAUUUUGUCUGUUGAAUUACUUUUGAUAUGUCUGGACCGUUUUGGAGCUUUCUCUAUGAACAUUGUCUCUAUGUAUUUAACCAAAUCUGAGUUGCAAGUACAUUUAACAAGUUUGUAUUAAAUAAACUUCCUUCUUCGAGUGUC